AUGUCUGCAAUGGUGGAGGUAGAGCGCCCUACCGAACUACAAGUCCUAAUCGAUACCCAAUUAGGAAGAAUGUUCAGGAACUCCCAAAGGAUCCCGCGGGAGUCCGGCACCUUUCGCGGCAUAUCUACGGCAUACGAGAUGUGUUGCAUGGAGGUCCCUGAAACGACUAACUAA